AUGGCGGUGACCUCAGCCCUCUCUGCUGCAGCGGCGGCGGCGGCCCUGUCUGGCUUGGCCGUGCGACUGUCGCGGUGGGCGGCGACGCGCAGCUCCUACGGUGCCUUCUGCAAGGGGCUCACGCGCACGCUACUCACCUUCUUCGACCUGGCCUGGCGCCUGCGCGUGAACUUCCCCUACUUCUACAUGGUGGCCUCGGUGAUGCUCAACGUCCGCCUGCAGGUGCGGAUCGAGUGAGCAGACGCCCUCCGCCGCAGCGGAGAGGGCCACCCGCGCCUUCCACGCCACCCUGGCGGCCGCAGGAAGGACCGCGGGGCCGCACAGACUGCGGCGGGGGGCGCAGGCGGCACGGCCCGGACCCUCCAUAUUAGGUCUCUGCGGAGGGCCUGAGGAACCGCAUCCCAUACCGCAAAAACCUUCACAGCCCGGUCCUUUUCCUCUGCAUCCAGAGAAUCACCAGAGUCUGCCAAACCUGUUGCCUCCCCCUUGGCGGAAAGCAGAAGAACCCAAAAGAAGGGAUGCUACC